CACUCUCUCACAUUUUCUUCCCAUGUUCUACGUCAAAACAGAUCUGGGAUGAGGCCGAUGAGGUUGCUGUCCAGACGAGAAGGGGAAGCAUUCAAAAGAAAACUAUGGCAGUGAGAAUGCCAUUACAGUCCGUCUGACGAGUUCUGAGAGGGAUUUUCCAAAACGCUACCCUCGCCAAACAUCGUUCGACAGCGUCUCGUACUGCGCCUCAAACCGCUCACUCGUCGAUGUCUCGCCGUCGACAACUCAGCUGACUUGAAAAUUUCAACCCAAGAGACAGGAGCAAAUGCAAGGCUCUAUGUUACGCAUCCUACCCCGGAUGAUGUUCUGGAUAUCUUUGACAACAUCUAAGAAAUCUUAAUUUGUUAUGAGUGGAUGUUCAUUGACGCCUUCAUGGUCUUGGAAAGGACCUUCCGUAACCUGUCUUGAAUUCAUGGGAGUUUCUUAGAUACUGGAAUUAAAACGCAACCAUCGGUGACCACUCAAGGAAUAUCACUCAGUUGGAUAAUAUAGCUUUGUGGGUCUACUUUUGUCUUCAUUACGCAUAAUUUUUUUAUAAUUGCUAUAAUCUCAGAGCAUAUAUAUUAACAGUCUCGUGAGCUUUAGGAUUGGUGAGCUUGAUAUGAGGAUUCUGAAAGCAUAAGGGAUUUAUUUUACCCUAGGAUUCUACGCACAACAUCCCGCCGUGGAUGCCGCAUCUUCAUGAUUUUCAAUUGCCACAUCAAAUUCAAAAGAAGUCGCAUAUUAACGUCCCCCCUUCUUAUCUUAAAGGCAUAUUUGCAGUCCAGCAAAUGAUAUUUCAAUAGUCAGAAAAUGUAUUUUUGACGGCAGUAAAGACAGAAUCUCAACCCCGGAUCUCAACAUGCUGCAUAGCAAAAACCACGACCAGCACACCAUUCUUGAAUAUUACCCUACUCCUAUCUGACGACCCUUCUCCGACCCACCUGCUCUCUUUUUCAUCCCAAGACCAUUUCGUUGCGUCUCCAUCACGGCGUCCUCUCAACCCCUCCACACCACCGCGGUUGACAUCGAGUCCGUGGUCGAUCACCGCUGCAAGAUGUUGGUACGGACCGGACGUCGUAUUAUUUUCCUGAUAUCCCUCAGUCUCUCCGUCUUCGUCCUUCUCUUCCUUCAGACGCCUCGUCGGCUACAGUUGAACCAGCUUCAACAGGCUUACCGGGAUUUCACUGGUACCACAGGCAUCAUACCAAGGAAGAUGCAAGGUUUAGCAGAAGACCAAGCACAGGAGGACGAUUACGGGGAAGAAUCUUAUUAUUCCAUCAUUCGAUACGACGAUAAGGCCAAAGCAAACGUAGAAGAAAUCUUAGAACAUCACUGGGCUGCAAAUAGAACGGCACUACUACAAACCAGGUCCGAGAUGCGAAAGUUUUUCAACCCCUACAAGAUGAUAACCAUGACAUCUGAUGACGACACACGAGGUCAACUCAAACGAUUCUACAGCGCAAAGGCAAAGGCCAUGACCUUGAUACCACCAGGCCUUAGGAAACUACUCCCAACCAAACAACUAUUCAGAAAUCAGUACUUUAAAACUUGCUCCGUGGUCGGCAACAGCGGGAUCCUUCUUAACAGCUCCUGCGGAGCUCACAUCGACGCUGCCGAUUUCUCCUUCCGGUGCAACUUUGCCACGGUCAAAGGUUAUGAAAAGGACGUUGGAACGAAGACGGACGUUAUAACGUUUAAUCCCAGUAUCCUUGAUCGGUUUUAUGGAAGACUUAAAAAGGAUGAGGACAAAAGGCGGUUCGAGGAGCGUUUGGUUAGCUAUGGGAAAUAUGUUUUAUGGAUUCCAAUAUUUUCGACGCAUUACGUUAGCAGAACAGUCCACGAGAUAUUAGACUAUUUCAAUCUAAAUUUUAAAAGAUUUAAAAACAUCCAGCUGGCGUUUCCAGGGAACAUCCUCCCAGACAUAUCAGAUUACUGGUUAACCCAAGGUAUUGACGAAGACAGGAUCAGUACAGGUCUACUCAUGUUCAACAUCGCUGCCACCAUCUGCGAAGAAAUCCACAUGUACGGAUUCUACCCCUUCCCACAAUUUCAAGACAUAUCGAUCCCCUAUCACUACGAUGACAGCAGGAAAAACCGGACGCGGGAUAAUUACGAUUACGGUUACCGCCGGUUUCACCAACUUCCCGACGAAUUUGUGCUCCUCAAGAAACUCCACAAAGCAGGAGUCAUCAAACUGCACUUAGGGGAGUGCCCGACGUGAUUACUGAAGAUGAAAGUGGAUCGUGUAUUCUGAAUCAAUAGAAACGUUAACCAAGGCACAAGGACAAAAUUAAUUGUUCUUUUAUCUUGAGGCAUCUGAUGAAAAGUUUUUCACACAAUGUGGUAUAUCAGAAGGAUACGCCAAGUUAAAAGGUUCGUUCAAAUAUGGUGAGACAACACUUAGUAAUUAUUAUUUGACGCGCAAUGACGCCUCAUAUCUCAUUGACUUUGUAGGCAAUUUUGAUGAGCGUACGGUGGCACCACGUGUGAACGAACCAUAUUAACAUAACAAAUACGCUAAGAUCAUGAAGAUGGUUUUAUCAACGGAAUGUCGUCAAGACCAUUAAGGUUCAGAGAUGGGCGUAAAUGUUAGGUCCAAAAAUAUGGCGUGUAACUCUUUAGCCACUUUACUUUCGCUAUAGCACUGCAUCUUAUACCAAAGAGUGUGAUUGGUGAGUGUCUGUUUUGCGUUGCAUGAUAUUUAUGCUUACCUUAUCGUUUUGCUUUGUUGGACAUCAGAAAAUAUUUAAGAUGCCCAAUAUGCUAUAUACCCAUCGCACUAAAAACAAAAUGUUUAAAAGAAAGGGAGAUAUGGAUUCACGAUUUCGAUUAUAAUUAUUCAUCAUGUUAAUUAUCCAUCAUGUUUAUUGCUCAAUAUGCUUCAAUAGGUCUAUAUUACCACUGGUCGAUUGUCGGAUUUUUCAGCGUCCAAAGUAUUUAGAGAAAUGUAUAGAGUGCCGAUAAUUAUCACUAUACAAUUUCAAACGAUAUAAUUUUGUGAUGAAGUAGGACUUGAAGCGCGAACCUCCAGUUUGAUGGUGUAGGCCAAUCUACAAAGAUCACUACAACCAUUAAUCUGACAAAGGUGUCAGAGUGAGCUUUCGAUAAGAGAAUGGAAAAUGAGGACUAAACAUUCGGAUUAAAAAAAAUGCAAAUGUCCAGUUCUAUAAAGUUAAAAAGUAAAUCUGAAUCAUCUGUCCCCAUUUAAUUCCCCCAACAUCUGGAUUUUGAAAGCGCCUUAUUCAUCGACCCUUAUAAGACAGUUAACAGUCAUUUAUCUUUGCGUCAAAAGCGCCUUAUUCAUCAGCCCUUAUAAGACAAUUAACAUUCAUUUA